AUGGGGAGGAAGCUGGACCUGUCUGGUCUGACAGACGAUGAGACGGAGCACGUUCUCCAGGUGGUACAGAGAGACUUCAAUCUUCGCAAAAAGGAGGAGGAACGGCUAAGUGAGAUGAAGCAGAGGCUGGCCGAGGAGAACAGCAAGUGCAGCAUCCUCUCGAAACACCAGAAGUUCGUGGAACGCUGUUGCAUGAGGUGCUGCUCGCCCUUCACCUUCCUGGUCAACGCCAGGCGCCGCUGCGGGGAAUGCAAGUUCAGCGUCUGCAAGAGCUGUUGCUCCUACCAGAAGCGCGAGAAGCUGUGGGUUUGCUGCGUCUGCCAGCAAGCCAGGCUUCUGAGGACACAGUCUCUGGAAUGGUUCUACAGCAAUGUGAAGAGCCGCUUCAAGCGUUUCGGCAGCGCCAAGGUCCUGAAGAACCUGUACAGGAAACACCGUCUGGAGAGCGGAGCCUGCUUUGACAUCCUAGGCGGGGGACCCUUUGAACCGAACCUGGAGAAUGAAGGGAGCAUUUCCGGAAGUGACUCAGCAUUCUACAGGCAGUCGGAAGGACACAGCAUGAUGGACACUUUGGCUGUCGCCCUACGAGUGGCAGAAGAAGCCAUCGAGGAAGCCAUUUCCAAAGCAGAAUCCCACGGGGACAGCCUGGACAAACAGAAUGAGGCCAGCUACCUGCGGGACCACAAGGAAGAGCUGACUGAGGAACUUGCUACCACCAUCCUGCAGAGGAUUAUCAGAAAGCAGAAGAACAAAGCUGAGCCACCAGCAGAGGAAGAGGGACCAGAGUGGCCGAGGCCCCAGAGUGGAGGUGUGAAGGCUGAGGAUGAGGGGACCAUGGCUCCUCCAGGACGACAACGGGCACAUACUACCCUCUGGCGGUCCCAGUCUGCAUUCUCCUUCACCACAGACGAUGCUCUGAAGACCUGUUCAGCAGAGGCUACACCAAGGCGGUCCAGGGAGCGUGGCCAGCAUCUGCUGGAGGAGUCCGCUCUGCCCGGCUGGAAGAGCAUGGAUGGACUGGAUGGAACAAUUCUGGCCCCAGUUUUGCAGAGCCCUGAUGGGAACUGGAUGGCCUUGAAGGAUGAUGGCACACGGCCCCCAAGCCGCCUGCUGGUCAAACCGAAGAGUGGGACCUUCCAGGCCCUGGAGGUGGCAUCCAGUGUGACAUCUGCCUAUGAUGAGAUGGGUUCUGACAGCGAGGAAGACUUUGACUACAGUGAGGCCUUGAGUAAACUGUGCCCGCUGCCCCAGGGCAGAUCCAAGCAAUCCCAGUCUCAGCCUGCACAGGCUCAGUGUUCUGGCCAGGGUCCCUUAGCCACCUCUCCCUCAAACCCUGAGGCCAUGGGCUCCGAUUCAGAGACUUCUAGCUCGUCUCGGGAAGCUGGACGCCGCGCUAGGCUGUCCUGGCCGCAGAGGAAGGCCCCCAAGACCCCCACGGCAGAGAAGACCCGCCACCAGGGAGAGCUGGAUGUGAAUUUCAACCCCCAGGCAGCCAGCGGAGAGACGUCUGACAGUAGCGACCCAGAAGAGGCGCCCCACACAGCAGACCGCUGGGCCAGGAGGUGGAGAAGGGCCCGAGUGGGCCAAGAGGAACCAAACAGGGGGCUGUCUUCGCCUAGUGCCCAUCCACAGGGUCUACACACACCUCAGGUGUCAGACAACGUGUCAGAGACUGACAUCAGCAACGAGGCUCAGAAUUCCCGGACCAGCACAGACUCGGCAGAGGAAAAGCUGAGGAACAGAUUGUACGAAUUAGCCAUGAAAAUGAGCGAAACGGCCACUUCUUCUGGGGAGGACCAAGAGUCCGAGCCCAAGACUGAACCAGAGACCCAGAAGGAAAGCCUAUCUUGUGAGGAAACCAGCCAGGGUGUGCAGGAGGAGCUGAAGAAGAAGUGUUCUGCUGUUUCUCUCUGCAACAUCUCCACAGAAGUCCUGAAGGUCAUCAAUGCUACCGAGGAGCUGAUUGCAGAGUCUGCAGGGCCCUGGGAGAUCCCCCCAGUCCCAACUGACAGAGACAUGAGCAUGUUUCCUCUUGGGACAGACCAAGUGAGACUGGACAAGCAGCUGACGUCCUUGGAAGAGAACGUGUACCUGGCGGCGGGCACCGUGUACGGGCUGGAGGGACAGCUGAGUGAGCUGGAAGACGCUGCCCGCUGCAUCCACAGCAGCACAGGCGAGACGGAGCUGGCAGAUCUGGAGGACCAGGUGGCUGCGGCCGCCGCACAGGUGCACCAUGCUGAGCUACAGAUCUCUGACAUUGAGAGCAGGAUCUCAGCCCUGACCAUCGCUGGCUUGAACAUAGCACCCUGUGUGCGUCUCACAAGACGACGGCAUCAGAAGCAAAGGAACCAGGUACAAACUAUAGACACAUCGAGGCAGCAGAGAAGGAAGCUGCCUGCUCCUCCUGUGAAAGCUGAAAAGAUUGAAGCAUCUUCUGUGACCCCCAUUAAAGCAUUUAACCGAAACUUCCUUCUACAAGGCUCCUCGGAGAACAGGCCCUCAGAAAAGCAAGGUGACACCAAGGACGUGAUGGAGCCUGUUCUGGAGUCUGCUGUGAUCCACUAACCACGGAACCCCACAGCCAGUGACCCACUGCCUCCGGCCGUACACGACAGUGCCUUGACCCAACAGCCAUCGAGUACUGUGUGGAUUUCCACUGAGGCGAGGGCCUGGGGAGGCCACAGUGCACUGCUGCACAGGGCUGUCUUGAUACCUCACCCAGAAGGCCAUCUCAGUCUGCAACACUGAGGUCCCGCCCACUCUCUGCCUUAGGCUCCCAGGGGAAUCUGAGACCGGAUAUCCAGACGCUGGCUUCCAAUAGCAGGGCUCUGUGUUCAAAAGAUGCAUUGUGCCUGUUUAAUUUGUUCCUGUGUGUUGUCUUCACUAUCCCUGUGUGUUUUUAAUCUCUUUUUAUCCCUGUCCUCAGUUCAUCCAAUGGAAAACCGUUGGAGAGGAGGAGCUUCAGGGAAGGAAGGAAGGAAAGAAAGAAGGAAGGAAGGAAGGAAGGAAAAAAAGGAGGGAAGGAGAGGGGUUAUUACCCUUGUUUACUCUUGCUUAUCAUCUCCUAACAGAUGCUAAGAGCAGGGGGCACUAGAAAGAAAUCUCAUUGGGCAGUGCUCAGCCACCUCCAGCUAAGCUCCCGGUACCUACCCCCACCUCUGUCAUGGUCCUUCCUAUUCCUUGGCAAUCAGCAGCUACAGAAUGAAAAGCUCUGACCCACUCAUGCCAGGUCUCUUUCAAACCAUGUCUCAUUUCGAAUGUAGGGUUCUUGUAUGAAUUUACUCAGGGGGAGAGGGGCCUAAGGAAUGCCAUUGUUAGUCUAACUUUCAGGACACUGUUCAGAGUCAGUGUGAAGUGGCUUGCUCAUGACUGACAUUGAAACGAAAUCUGGGUAAAUGAACUAUUGCGAAAUAGUACUACCCAAGAAAAGUUCCAUUCUCCAAAAUGUAUCUCCCACUGAAUUCAACGAGAUUCGGAUGCAACAGCAAGGAUGACGGUGGUUAGGAAGUCGCCUUAGAGAAAAGUAGUGCAAACUGUGAGGGACACAAGAGGUGACUCGGGCUCCGCAUUCAUGGUCUGUUUCAGGGGAGAGACUGGCCUAAAUGCAUGAAUAUCUGAAGUGUAUCUGUUCACACAAAUGAAACCUACACUCCCUUCAACUCACUGGGGACUUGCAGCCUGUUUUUAAUGUUGGCUUCCAGGAUAUUCCGAAUCACAGAGUUACGGUGGGGUGAGGCAAAGGCAGGAUAUGCGAGGCAGUGAGCAGGCCAGUGAGUGACCAUUGGGUGCUGGCUCUGCAGGACACAAUGUUCUCAGUUUGGUCUAGUGUCCCUUUCCCGAAGCCCUGUGGGUUUCCCAGAAUCCACAACCAAAGGUCAGACCACCGAACUUGCUGAAGCCAUCCGUGUGAGCUGGUUCUAACCGGAAUGCUCUGCCCCCAAAAGUGCAGCUCUGUUGUUUCCACAUCCAUGUUCUAUUGUGUAUCCCCAGGCUUGGUUUAACUGCCCUCCCUGCGCUGUGUGUGCCAUUGUUGCUGAUGGGGGACCUCAUAUUUCCAUAGUGCUCCUGCUGUCACCCCAGAGAAAGGACUACAUGGAAAUAGUAAACCUUUGGCAUUUUAUCCUGUGGGUAUGGUUCACACUAAAACAAAGUUGAAAAACACAACAAAAAGAUCUGACUUCCAAGUAGAACGUUUUUUUCCUUAGGAGGCACGAGACUGCCUUUGUGCUAACAGUGUUAAAAUACUCAGUUUUCUUUUGAAAAAAAAAAAGUGUGUACUCUGUAAGCCUUGCAAAAAACAAUAAUAAUGAUGAAGAAAAAGCCUGUUCUAUGGCAUCUGAACUUUUAUAAAGGCUUCCUUGUGCCAAAUAAGUACAAAGAUUUAAUUUACUAUUUAAACCAUAAACAUGCUAUAGUUCCAGAAAAUUAUUUUGUCAUCCAGUGAUUUUG